AUGGGAAAUUGCUUGAGGCUCCAAUCAUCCACCAAUUACACCACCUAUGAGGAUGAUGAAGAAUGGGAUUUUCAGGGAGAUGAGGGUGCUUUUGACACUUCCAGCAAAGGUGCAAAUAAUGCUAAAACAACAACGGAAGUGAAGAUAAAGAUCACAAAGAAGCAGUUAGAGGAGUUGCUAAGCAAAGUGGAUGUGAGGGAGUUGAGGGUUGAGCAAGUUAUGUCUCAUUUGAUGAAGCAUAGUGGUGGCUAUCAAUCACUACAAAGGCCAUGGAGACCUGCACUUCAAAGCAUCCCUGAAGUGAAUUGA